AUGGCGAGAGCAAUCGGAAAACUAGUGGAAUUUGCACCAGCGAUUCAAACGUGGCAGGACUACAUCGAACAAUUUGAGUUCUACCUUGAAGCCAACAAUAUAACAGAGGCAAAUGAAAAACGGUCUACUCUUCUUACCGCGGUAGGUGUCAGAAUAUACCCUACAAUAAAAUCAUUAAUUUUGCCGAAGGCACCGAAAGAAGUGUCAUAUGAGGAAAAAGUAGCUAAAUGCACAGCUCAUUUCGGAAAAACAACAAAUGAAUUACUAAGUAGAAUCCAUUUCCACAAGCGCGACCAGUUAGAAGACGAAUCACUUCAAGAUUUCGUACACGAAUUGAGAAAACUGGCGCAAGAUUGCAAAUUCGGAGUCCCAACACAAAAAUUACCUUUAGAAACAAUGCUUCGCGAUAGAUUUUUAGCGGGCAUUAGAAACGAAGAGCUGCAGAGAUAUUUAUGUCAAAGACAUGAAGAAAUGGUGACGGAAUCAAACCCCGAUGGACUCACACUAGACAAAGCUCUAGAAAUAGCUCGCAGCGCUGAGUCGACCAUCGAUCAACAGAAAAUAAUUAAACAAAAAGAAUCGAAAUCGGUUAAUAAGAUAAUUAAAAAAGACAGGGAAAGAGAAAAUAAAAAUAGGCAUUUGAGUCGAGCCUGUAAAAGUGAACAGAAGGAAUCGUCGAAGUCGAAGCCAUCUCGCGCACAUCGAGUAGAGGACGACGACAGCCAGCUAGAAAAAGACAGCGACUGUUACUCAAACGCAAUUGUAAACAAAACAAACGCGACGAAUAAUAACGACAAAUAUAACGUGAGAGUCGAAAUAAAUUCUUUACCCUGUACAUUUGAAAUAGACAACAGGUCUCACUUAUCCAUAAUAAAUCGGGAAGCUUUCAAAAAAAUAUGGCAAAACAGCAAUCCGGAUUGGUCAAAAAGGGAGGUUAAACUUUUCGUGUACGGAAAAAACCGUUUAAACGUGAUGGGCUCAACGGACGUUUCGGUAAAGUACGGAGAAUUCAAGGGAAAGCUCCCACUUCCAAUUACAGAGGAUACUGUAGGGCCAAACCUACUCGGAAGAAAGUGGUUCGCGGAUCUCGCAAUAAAGAUAAUGGGAAUUCAGCGGAUCGAGAAGAUCGAAACGGACUACACAAAAAUGAUAGACGAAUUUCCCUCAAUAACAUCGACUAGAUUAGAAGGCCAUCACGGAACACCGAUAAGCAUUCUACUGAAAGAAAACGCACGACCAAAAUUUAUAAAGGCCAGAUGCAUUCCUUAG